UUAAUACAUCUGUUAUAUGCAUGAAUAUUGGAAUUGUUAGGGAUUUCAAGAUAGGAAUCCUAGUAGCUUUGAUUAACAAGGGAAUCAGUUUAUUUAGCUAAUUAUAACAAACCUAUCGCUUGUUUUAGAUCAUUUCAAUGAACAAAGGUUUUUGAAUGUACUUCCCCCUCUUGCUGAAAUAACUGUGAGAAGCUUGUAAUCAAUAUGGAAUUUACAUUAUAUUUAGCCAUUACGAAGCGAGAAAGUUGGCAUAAAGUUCAGAUGAACUAUAAGAAUAUAUUACUCAAUAUAUGGUAGUUAAUGGAACAGCAGUAAAGCUUAAUGAUGCAUUCCAAUAACAGGAAAAAAAGAGAUCUGCAUAACUUUUGCUGUAGAUCGUAGACAUGGCUAAGGGAACCAUCAGUGAAUGGCAAAGUUUCCGUCAUCAGCAAAUCGAUACGAAUAUAUUUUAAGAGAAAGGUAUAUUGAUUAUUUAAGAGAUUUUAGUCGAUUUGUUGUGUCGCAAUUUCUAAUUAGAAUAGCACGAAAAUUGUUGCAAUGCAUGCUAACUUAUUUGA